AUGGGAUCAAGUGUUCAGUUUAUUUGGCUGGUUGUUGGAUUGGCAGUACUUUUCUUGGCCAAAGGAUGUACUGCCGAUGAUCGGUCAUGUCCCAAUGGCUUCUUCUUAAACACAACAAGCGAUUCCUGUGUGUCUGUGGACAUUGUUGAUUGCCAACGUCUCCAGAUAACUCUGUGUCCCGAGGGUACAACAUCAAGCACGUCAGAGUUUUGUCGCUGCAACCAAGACCUGCAUCUUGAGAUCCUCGGCUGCCCUGAAGGAACCUACUUCGAUGCUAGCCAUUUGAUUUGCAGGAUCGGUACAGUGGACUGCCAGGAGCAGUAUACUCCAUUUGCAUGUCCAAGUGCAACUUCCGGCAGUAUCUUUUGUCUCUGUAUUGGCGGAAAACUACAGAUCCAGAACUGUCCAGCGGGAGCUACCUUUAAUUCCGAGCAAAAGGUUUGCCUGAAGAGCGGCAGCGGCAGCGGCAGUUCAGAUACACCGAGUACGGUGGAUUCCUCUGAUGAAAAGUGCCAGCGAAUUGGGUUAUUUGGUGACCCAACCGAUUGCUCUGGCUACUUUCAUUGCGCUGACAAGGGAGAAGAGAUCAAGUACUCCAGAUGCCAGGCUGGCAUGAUCUUCAGCCUGACAAUGUUUGGAUGUGUUCCAGGAACUUGUUGA